CUUCUAUUUCGUUCCUUUUCUGAUCUCUCUUCUCUCUUCUCUCACACACACACACAACAAUGGAAAACGAAGAAGUUCUCGCAACCUCAAACGAACCCCUAGACCCUAACCUCCACAAGAAGCACAUCUCAAUGAUCGAGCGCCUCUCUAACCGCCACCAAACUCGCCUCGACAACUCACUCGCUCGCCAAUCCGAGUCCGACUCGUCCUCCUCCUCCACCGCCACCGCCACCACCACCGCCUCUUUCCUCUCCCGCUUCUCCGACUCCAAGCGCUCCAUCGACUCCCAACUCGCCCAGUCCCGACUCACCGAUCCCGCUCAACUCAGAUCUCACCUCGACGGCAUCUCCGCCUCCAUUUCCGACCUCGAAAAGCUCGUCGCCGAGUCCUCCUACUUCUUGCCCUCCUACGAAGUCCGCUCCUCUCUCAAAACCAUCUCCGAUCUCAAACAAACCCUUGAGAAUCUCAACUCCGAGCUCAUUCCCAAGAAGAAAUUCUCUUUCAAGAACAAAGCCUCCAAGCAAGACCGGGACCGAUCAGUCUCCGAUUCAAAACAAACCGCGCCGGAAAAUGCCGAUUCGUUUUCAGUUUCCCUCGAGAAAUUGAGUUUCCAGGUGAGAGAUUCGCCCGGUUUGAGAAACAAAAACGGCGAGACUUUGGUGAAGAAUUUCAAAGGCUCGGAGGUUGGGGAAUUCACGGUUUCGGAUCUCGAUUCUUGCGAAGUGAGACUGAUUGGUUCAGUGAGAGCAUUAUUUGUUCAUAGGCUGAAGAAUUGUAGGGUUUAUGCUGGGCCUGUAACGGGCUCCAUUCUGAUCGAGGGAGCUGAGGAUUGUGUGUUUGUAAUGGCGUCGCAUCAAAUUCGGAUCCACAAUGCGAAGGGAACCGAUUUUUAUUUGAGAGUGAGGAGUAGGCCGAUAAUUGAGGAUAGUACUGGGGUGAGGUUUGCGCCGUAUUGUUUGAGCUAUGAAGGGAUUGAGGAGGACUUGAGGGAAGCGAGUCUCAAUGAGGAAACGGGGAAUUGGGGCAAUGUAGAUGAUUUCAAGUGGUUGCGUGCAGUGCAGUCACCGAAUUGGUCGGUUUUGCCGGAGAAUGAGAGGGUUGGGAUGGUACAAAUUUCGAAUUCGGGUGAUGGAAUUGAAGGAAAUUAGCUUUGUUUGAUCUUUUUUUUAUUAGUGAUUGUUCAAAAGUGUGUGUUUUAGUUUAGGGGGCCUGUGGAGCUAUUCAAAUUUCAGUCUGUAACUCAAGCUUCAUCGUCAGCUUCGCCGUUCGCUCUAAUCUGCGUGUUGGGUCAUCGCCGUCGCUCGCUGCAUGUUGGGUCAUUGUUGCUCGCUGCAUGUUGGGCCAUCGCUGUCCCUGCUGUCCCUCACUCUCUCUGACCUUUACCGCUGAUGGUUUUACUUUGUUUCUAGUGGGUUUUGGGAUUUUGAUAAAUGGGUUUUUGGAUCUUUGGAUUUGGGUAGGUUGAUGAUGGUGAUGAUGGUGAUUGGAUCUUUGGAUUUUUGUUGUGUGGCUUGAUGAUGGUGAUUGGGUAGGUUGAUGAUGGAUCUUUGGAUUUGGGUUUUUGGAGGCUGGUUGAUGGUGGUUCGGUUGAAUGGGUAUGUGAAUUUCAUUGAUGGUAGCUUGGUUGAAUGGGAUGGUGGCUAGGUUGUUGUGUGGCUUGAUGAUGGUGGUUGGAUGAUGGUGGCUGUGUGGGUUGUGUUGGGUCCGUGAGAGAGAUUACAGCGGGAAAAAAAUGAAUAUUUUAUUGAAUAAAUGUGUAUAAUAGAGAAACUGAUGUGGGAGUUUUGUAAAAAUAGGUGUGCAAAAUAGAAAAAGCAAGUUUUUUUUUUUGCAAAAUGGACAAAUUUUUUGCAUCAACUGAUGCAGAUGCUCUAAGAAUGGUUGCAUCCACCCCCCUCUCUUAUGUUAUGGGUCCUGAUGUUUGUUGUGUUAAAAGGAUAGUGCCAGAGAAACUGAGUGUGGAAAUAUCAUUUCCCUUGACUUGAACAUCUCCCCCCAAACCUCCACUCACCUUACACGUGGGGAGCUACCAGUUACCAUUCCACCUACAAGGAUUUAACUAUUUGUUGGCCUGGCCUAUUUCCACACUAAGAAUGGUUGCUUCCACACCCUCUCUUAUGUUGUGGGUCCUGAUGUCUGUUGUGUUAAAAAGGAUGGUGCCAGAGAAACCGAGUGUGGAAAUAUCAUUUCCCUCGAGUGAGAAUCUAGCCAGUUUGUAUUAACAAUUCCAAUUAAAGAACAACAUGUUUGAAAAUGAAGGAAUUUUGCACUUAAUUUAUGGUUAAAUAAAUGUAUGUGGAAAACGAAAUCAAAGAUCCUAAAGGUUUGAUCCUUGUCUUUACAAUUUACACUAUGUUUGUUUGCACAUGGGUAGGGAAGAAGAGAAGAAAAAUAGAAAAGGAGGAAUAAGGGGAAAAAGAGAAAAUAAAAUGUUUCUAGAAGAAAAUAUUUUUCUACAUGUUUGGUUUGCACAAGAAAAGGAGAGGAAAAUAAAUGAUUUAACCUUUAUGCCCUUAAUCAAAAAUAAUUUGGUCCUUAAUGAGGAGCAUAUGCAGAACUUGUGAGUAAUUUCAAACAAAUGAUUCGCAUGUUUCAGAUGUCAAGCUUUCUUUCUUCCCAUUUCUAAUAAUUUAGGCAGACACUGGAAAUUCAGUCUCUUCUCUCAAUUUUCUCUUCACUCUGCUUCCUAGAUGUUUGACUGAGAUCUAGAUUUGAUCAAACUGUUAAAAUACCUCCUUCAGCAUUGUCAAAGUUGGAUUUGGCAGGAUGAGAUCUCUAGGAUACAUCCAACCUAUCAAAAGUGAGAGCAUGGAAUCCGGUAAAGACUUUCUGCUUUCCAGCCUAUUUAUAAUUGUCUUUCCAAGAAAAUCAUAGACACAUCAGAGAGAAGAUGCCCCUGCACAUGGUUUGUUACUACCUUUUCAUUUCAUAUGUUGACAUUUUUUCUAAAAGCUUGCUCCAAAUCAGUCUAUUGGUGUUGAUUUCAAUAAUCAAAAUGUUAGUGACUUUGAGAUGGCUUUAAUAAAGUUUCUUGUCGAAUUAGGGACUUGAGGUCGAAUUUUCUCUACACAAGAAAUUCAUCAGUGUCUUCUUGACUUUAUACUUUAAUAGUAAAAAACAAUUAUCAUAUAGUGAAUGACAUAUAGAUUCCAAUCCAAUUAUAUCUUAAAAAGUAUCUCAAAAAAAAAAAAAAAAGAUUAUAUCUUAAAAAAAUAAAAAAGCAAAAAGAAAAAAAAGUUUAGGUUAAUAUAAAAUUGAACUUGUAUAUUUAAGUACACAUGGGAAGGCGACCUCAUAGCUAACUGUAAGAGGACGCUCUCACAGUAGCCUUACUGUCAUAUCCACUAAAGAUUGUUUUGUCUUUUCAAUUCUCUUUCCUACCAACUCCAACUUCGGGUUUAGCAUGCAGCAUAUUAAAAAUGAUUGCACAAAAUAUAAUCAAACUUUGACUUGAUAUUGCAUUGCAGCCAGUACACUGAUACACCCAAUAACAGAGAUGAUGGUGGCGAUCUUUUUUACUUUGAACUCCAUGUGACCAGCUUUGCAUGCAGCAUAUAUGAACCUUUGGAUAGAUCUUUCACACUAUCCAUUUAGAUACAUAUAAGAACCAACCUGGAUGAUAGUGAUCUCUCAUCUCUCUCUCUCUCUCUCUCUCUGAACAUUUGCUGCUACAUACACAAGUGCUUAUCUUCUUACCAGGCCAAAAACACCAAAAAAGUGCUCAUAAAUUUUGUUUCCAUUCUCCCAUUCCAUCAAUAUUGCCUCCAGCUCCUCCUCUACCAUGCUUUCUUUGGUCAAAAUCCUCUUCUAAGGUAGAAGAAGACACUUUACAAGAUCACUGCAAUUCUUUAAGGUAUGUUUAUCUUAUAUAUAUCAUAAAGCUUAAUAAUUGCAUAUGUAAUCUGUGAUUGUGUUGUAUUUUUAAUGCAAAUGCGACCGGACCGUGGUCCAAAAUAUUAGAUUUUA